UUUUAAUUUUUUGCACCUGUAUUUGAACUUUUAGUUAAGUACAAAAAAUGUUGAGUCCUUCAUCCACCAUUGCUCAUAAGACCCAAGACAUAAUAAUAGAACAAAGUUUUCAAAUUAUAGUUCAUGUCUGGGGAAGAAAUCUUUAAGGUAUUUCAGAAAAACAAAUGCAUUUUUUUCUGUUUACCAGUAUAUGCUGUGCUUGCAGCAAGCCCAGGAGCUAAACAAAGCCGAUUCUUUAGUCAUGUGGCUAAUUUCGGACUCAACUUGUUUGUAUUAAAGCCCGGAGGCGUACAGGAAAGUCGGGAAUUACUGGAAUUUUUUUGAUUUAAUAACAGCUGACUCAGGGUGGAAAGUUCUGAUGUGAUGGCGUGAAGCAGUUAGAAAAGCUGGAUACAAUAAAUUAAGCAGUCCAACUACACACUGAAUCUACUUAUUGACUUUAUGCCUUUAAAUGACAGAUUCUUUCAUCUUAAUAGUAUUGAAAAAUGCAUAUGUUGUCCACCCAAAUAUGCAAAUGUCCGUGCAGACUGUAGCUCAUAGAAAUUGACUGCUAUUGUUUGUUUUUCUUUAGUGUGUGUAUAAAAGUUAAUUGGCGAAAAUUUUAGGGCAACCCAUCUUUCAGUGAGCGUACACACAAGUGAGAGAGAGUGAGCGAGAGAGAGAGACUCGUCACACUCCUCCGCAGGGAUUUACUUUUUCCCAGGAGGCCUGAGGGAAAGGACCUACUGCCUACACUGCUCAAUGGCCGAGACGGGAAGAAACCGGGCUAGAAAAGGGAAUACAUGCUUAUAGGAGUCCGACUUGUUUGAUGGAUUCUGCUCGUGUUUGGCAUCAUUGCCGGCUUCGAGCCAUUAGGGCUACAUGCAUACUGAUCUCACGCCAACAGGACCAGAAGUCCCGGUCUGAACCGUUCGCCCAGACAUGGGCCCGGUCUGCUGCAAGCCGGCCGAUAUACUGAAGAAGCAACAUCACCAAGGUGGAACAGGGGAGAAGGACCGUGCACCAAUUAGCCAUGAAUCAUUCCUCCUCAUGGCUAAUUCCCAGACGGAUAUGGAUGACUGGGUCAAAGCCAUACGGAGGGUCAUUUGGGCACCGUUUGGAGGAGGGAUAUUUGGCCAACGGUUAGAGGACACUGUGCAGUAUGAGAAAAAGUUUGGCCCGCGGCUGGCCCCCCUGCUGGUAGAGCAGUGUGUGGAUUUCAUCAGGGAGAGGGGCUUAGACGAAGAGGGUCUCUUUCGAAUGCCAGGGCAAGCCAACUUGGUCAAAGAUUUACAGGAGGCCUUCGACUGUGGCGACAAGCCUCUUUUUGAUAGUAACACAGACGUGCACACUGUGGCAUCUUUACUGAAGUUGUAUCUGCGAGAGCUGCCUGAACCUGUCAUUCCUUUCUGCAAAUAUGAAGACUUCCUAACAUGCGCACAGCUUUUGGCCAAAGAUGAAGCGGAGGGGGUUCAGGAGCUAGGAAAACAGGUUAACAUAUUACCUCUGCCGAACUACAAUCUUCUCAAGUACAUAUGCAAAUUCCUUGAUGAAGUCCAGUCUCACUGUAAUGAAAACAAGAUGAGCGUCCAGAAUCUCGCGACGGUGUUUGGGCCUAAUAUCCUUCGACCUAAAAUGGAAGACCCAGUCACUAUCAUGGAAGGUACAUCUUUAGUCCAGCACCUAAUGACGGUCCUUAUCAGGGAACACAAGUGUUUGUACUCAGGGAGGGACCAGGAAGGCCUCACUGUACCCCAAACGGAGCAUCAGCUCAUUAAUCGUAGCCUCGGUGCCUGGAUCUCUGAAGAGGACCUGCAAAGCUUCCCCAUCCCCAAUCCAGAACAAGAACUGAACAGCAGUGCCUCCUCACUUGAAGCCAAACUGUGCGCCGCCGUCACUCCUACGCAGACCCCUAGCCCAAAACUGGGGUCUUCGUCAGCCAAGGUGGAGACAGUGGUGAGCCCGAGUAAACAAGCCAAGAGCAUCCAGUCGUGGAAGUACUCUUUUAAAAGCUCCUCAACGCCUCGUUCUCAACCGCAGCCCAAGCAGAGUGGCUCGGUGGUGGAACCCAAUACUGUGUCUUCUGGUGGGGGAGGAAGUAGUAACUGGCUAAUGAAUGGUUUGUCCUCCUUGAGAGGGCACAGACGCACCUCCUCAGGCGAAAGGUCUACCCGAGACCGUGACUCCACCGGCUCCUCGCAAAGACUCUCUACCUACGACAAUGUCACCUCCUCCUCCAGCAUGGGCAGCGUUCAGAGUGUAGGCAGCACCCCUUGGUCCACCUCCUCCUGUGAGAUCUCAGUUCCAGAUUCUGGGAACGGCGAUCCAUUGGCCCACCGAAACUGCGCGGAAGUCGGGGACAAGGCAGAGUGGACGGAGGGUCAGCAGGAAGCCAACAGAUGUCCAGACGGUGGAAUAACUACAGAUCCAAGCUCAGAACAGGACAGCUGUGAGGCAAUGGAGUUGUGCAGCAGCAGCGCAGCCUGCAGCGAGAAUGGAAACGUGAGCGUGAUAGCCGGAGUCCCAUCCAUCAUCAUGUCUGACGAAGGAGACACGACAAAUGUCACGCUGAGCAGUCUGGUAGAGGACCUCAAGGACGAGCUCAGGAAACAGAAGACGGCUUAUGAGGCAAGGAUCCAAAAGUUAGAAGACUCCAGUGCUGCUCUGUGUGCUCACAUGGAGCGUUUGGAGCAGGAGAUGGAGCAAGAGAAGAAGAGGCAGCGUAUGCUGGAGAUCAAACUUCGGAACUCUGAGCGAGCUCGAGAGGAUGCCGAGAACCGUAACAAACUUUUGGAGAAGGAGAUGGAGGACUUCUUUUCCACCCUGGGAGAUCUUACCAUGAGUACAAGGACCAGCGAUAUUUGACCUGACUAAUGGGAGGACAUCAGGAUUUGUUUUUUGAAAAGGGCUCACGGCAUCCUCCAUGCAGCAUGACGUUCGGCCAUGUUUGUGUGCAUUGAAGACAAUUUCGGAUUCGGAGUAGGAAAUGGAGUCCGAUUUUGAGCUGAAAAGUGGUGUACUGUGGAGCAUGCUUCACAUGGAACCUGAAUGCAGUCACUCCUCAUUACUAGUGAGCACUGACCAAUGUGACCAAACUGUAGCAAGGUACGAUAAAUGAAUGCAAUGUCUCUGCUGUUUCACAUGUUGACGCAUGUAUGGUAAAUAUUAGGAUACAUGAAACUCUGCUGUUUGAUGGGAAUUGGGACUGAGUCGUGGAAGAGUAAUUGACGCAACAAACAUCCCUCCAAAUUGUAUAGAAUUGUCUGUCAGCUUACACUGUAAACACACAUCUAUGAUUCCAAACCAUUAUCAUUUCAAACCCCAUAAAAACAGACAACAUCUUACAAAAGGUGAGCUGCAUCACUUUGACAUACUUCCUUUGACACUGAUUACUACUUUACUAAAAGCCAGGGUUUUGGCGCAAGAAAGAGCACAAAAAUACCCAAAUUUUCAGCAAACACAAAUAGGAAAAUAAACUGUGAAGCACAUGUAUGUGAAGCUUCACUGUCGUUGGUUUGAAAUACUGGUAGUGCCCGGGUUACGAACGAGUUACGUUCCUACACCGGCGACGUAACCCGAAUUUCCGCGUUAAUCGGAAUUAACCCAAUAAAUACCCCAAAAUACCUCCUAAAUCUCAAACAUGUACACCCCCUAGCAAAAAGUAAGGAAUCAGCAGUCUCAGACGAGCACUCAAUGAGACAUUUUAUUAUGUAGAACAAACUUUGAAUCUUGAAAAAAUAAUGAAUUAGUCCUUGUCAACAGUCAAGAAUCUGCACUGGACAAGGUGACAAGAGUCAAGAAUUUGCACUGGACAAGGUGAUGAUGCUUUUGUUUGGUGCUGUUCCAGUAAGAUUUACAAAGAUGACUGCCUGAAGAAAACAUCAAAAUUCCUUCAGUCCUUUAUGAUAUGGGGCUGCAUGUCAGGCAAAGGCACUGGGGAGAUGGCUGUGGUUAAAUCUUCAAUAAAUGCACAGGUUUACAUUGAAAUUUUAGACAACUUUCUUAUCCCUUCAAUUGAAAAUAUGUUUGUCAUUUUCCAAGAUACAGUGCCCUCCAUAAUUAUUGGCACCCCUGAAAAAGAUGUGUUUUUUAGCUU